AAAAAACUGGAAUUGGAUCCUAUCCAUUAAAAAAACCGUGUGGUUUUUCUCCUCCAUUAUUUGUGCAACAUUUCAUUUCAAUUUUUUAUAUGUGAAUUUAUUUACUCCAAAUAAAAUAAAACGCAAAUUAAAAAUCAAAAUUUAUUAAAAUGUCUGCCGUAGAAACGAAAAUUGAAGAACCCGUUGCCGCUGUGCCAGAAACAGCCCCAGCCGAUGGUGAAGUAAAAAAACAAAAGAAACCCAAACCCAAUAACAAGAAACUUCGACAAGCUGAAGCAGCUGCAAAAGCAGCGGAAGGUGGAGCAGAUAACGAAGAAACGCCCAAGCAGCAAAAUGGCAAUGCUGCCAGCGAAGAAGGCGAUGCCGACAAGAAGAAGAAAAAGAAGCAAAACAAAGCCAAACCCAAAGGAGCACCCAUGACUCCUAUCGCCGAACAAUUCCCCGACGGAAACUUCCCUGAGGGAGAAGUUGUCAAACAUCCCAUUCCCAAGGAUGUCGAUGAGCGAACAGCCAAAGAUCGCUUCACCAACGAGGAGAAGCGUGCUCUCGAUCGCAUGCACACAGACAUUUACAACGAGCUUCGUCAUGCAGCUGAAGCCCAUCGCCAGACUCGGCAGUACAUGCAGAGCUACAUCAAACCCGGAAUGAGUAUGAUUCAGAUUUGUGAGGAGUUGGAGACUACUGCCAGAAGGUUGAUUGGAGAAAAUGGUCUCGAAGCUGGGUUGGCCUUUCCGACGGGAUGUUCUCUAAAUCACUGUGCCGCACAUUACACACCGAAUGCUGGGGACACCACAGUCUUGGGUUAUGAUGAUGUGUGCAAGAUCGAUUUUGGAACUCAUAUCAAGGGACGCAUCAUUGAUUGCGCUUUUACUUUGGCAUUUAACAACAAAUACGACAAAUUGUUGGAGGCGGUAAAAGAUGCUACAAACACUGGCAUCAGAGAGGCUGGUAUCGAUGUCAGGUUGUGCGAUAUCGGAGCAGCCAUCCAAGAAGUUAUGGAAUCGUAUGAGAUCGAGUUGGAUGGAAAGACUUACCAGGUGAAGAGCAUUCGGAAUUUGAAUGGGCACUCGAUCAGCCCAUAUCGUAUUCAUUCGGGUAAGACAGUGCCCAUCGUCAAAGGUGGAGAAUCCACUCGCAUGGAAGAGAAUGAAUUUUAUGCUAUCGAAACUUUCGGUUCGACUGGACGUGGUUUGGUCCAUGAUGACAUGGAUUGCUCGCAUUACAUGAAGAACUUUGAUGCUCCUUACGUCCCGUUGCGUCUGCAAUCAUCUAAACAAUUGCUAGGAACUAUCAACAAGCAUUUCAGUACUUUGGCUUUCUGUAAGAGAUGGCUGGAUCGUGCUGGAGCUACCAAGUAUCAAAUGGCAUUGAAGGAUCUGUGUGACAAGGGUGUUGUUGAAGCUUACCCUCCACUUUGUGACAUCAAGGGAUGCUAUACGGCUCAGUAUGAACACACAAUCAUGCUGCGACCGACUUGUAAGGAGAUUGUAUCCCGUGGAUCGGAUUAUUGAUUGUCCGAGUUAUAUAAGAUAACAGGCUGGACCGAUGGGACUCUUCGACGAUUGACAACAUUGUUUCUUAUUUCUAUAUUUUGUUCUGCUUUCAAAUUUUAUUGUGUUUGGAAUUGGAAAUAAUUGCAUAUUAUUGGAUUUUGUUGAAGAGGAAGAAAUACAUCUGAGAUGAAAUUAAAGUUUAGAAAUGAUCAGUCGAUCAUUUAUACAAAUAAUAA